UCAUACAGGAAGCAGUUUUUAUACCCACGGUAAUUUGCCAGCGGUUUUGACUUGUUCAUGUUUUGUUAGCUAAUGUGGCUAGCAGCUGGCGACUGGUUGAACUUAUUUUCAGCUCAAUAUAUGUGCAAAGAAGGAUUCAAACGCCACUCCUAAUAAGAGGAGGAUGGCACAUCAGCGUACCACACCUCUGUCCCAGAGGACGGAGUACUUUGAACCUGGUAAUGAAUCCGACGGGGUCUCUGGUGUUUGUGUGGAUGAGGAUGCUGACAGUUGCCAUGGAAACACUGAAACAAGAGAAGAGAAAGUCGACAAGCAAGAUGGUGAAAACUGGCAAGAAGAUUUUAGAGUUUUUGUUGCUUUUCGAGGAAACAUGGAGGAUGAGGACUUCACAGAAAAACUUGACGCUAUCAGCAGUGGGAUACCUAACAUGCUUGAAAUGGGCUCAGAGAGGUUGCAGCCACAAUGUGUAGAGCCAUGGAAUAGUGUCCGGGUUACUUUUAACAUUCCUCGGGAUGCCGCAGAGCGACUCAGACUGUUGGCCCAGAACAAUCAGCAGCAGCUCAGAGAUCUGGGGAUUCUCUCGGUGCAAAUUGAAGGGGAAGGCGCCAUUAAUGUGGCCAUGGGACCAAAUAGAGCUCAAGAUGUCAGAGUGAAUGGACCAAUUGGAGCAUCUGGCCAGAUGCGGAUGGAUGUUGGCUUUCCAGGCCAGCCUGGCCCAGCAGGGGUGAGGUUGGCUAACCCAUCUAUGGUUGCUGGUCCAAGCAUGCCAGGUCAGGCUAUGGUACCAGGCAGCAGUGGACAGAUGCACCCUCGUGUUUCAAGGCAGUCAUCACAAACAGAUGUGAUGGAUCCAAUGAUGGCAGUCCAGCAGCAGCAGCAGCAGCAACUUCAGCAUCAACAAGCUGGCCCUCAUGGCUCAGGUUCCAUGCCACCUCAGGCUGCUCACCACAUGCAGGCUCUUCAUACCGGAAGACCACUCAACCCUGCAGCCUUGCAGCAACUCCAGCAGCAGCAUCACCAACAGCAACAGGCCCAGCAGCAAGCUCAGCUCUCCCAGCUUGGACCCAGACCGCCAUUCAACCCAUCAGGUCAGAUGGCUGUGCCCCCUGGCUGGAACCAAGUGCCAUCUGGGGUCCUUCAACCUUCACCUGCCCAAGGAGGGCCUGCCUGGAGGAAACCCCCGCCUCAAACCCAAAUGGUUCAGCGGCCACCUUCUCUUGCUACAAUUCAGACUCCGAGUCACCCUCCACCCCCUUAUCCUUUUGGCAGCCAGCAGGCUGGGCAGGUGUUCAAUGCCAUGGGGCAGGGACAAUUACAGCAGCAGCAACCGGGAAUGGGCCAAUUUGCCGCACCUCAGCCUAAAGGCCCUCAGGCUGGACCGGGUGUUGCAACAGGACCACCGAGGCCUCCUCCUCCAUCAGCUGGACCACAGGGCAACCUUACUGCUAAGUCCCCUGGUUCCUCUUCAUCUCCUUUUCAGCAGGGUUCACCUGGCACUCCACCUAUGAUGGUACAGAGACCUACAACUCCACAGGGUUUCUCCCAGGGAGUUGGUUCACCAGGGAGAGCAGCUAUUGGACAACAGGGUAACAUGCAGCAAGGAUUCAUGGGAAUGCCUCAGCAUGGACAGCCUGGGACUCAAGUGCAUGCAGGUAUGCCUAAGCGUUCCAUGGGCUUUCCAAAUAUGCCAGGAAACCAGAACUUUGUUCAGGUUCAGGUGAGUGGCAGCAAUCCAGGGACUCCUGGUGGAGGAGCCAAUCAGCAGCUCCAGAGCAGCCAAGCAAUAACUCAUACAGGAGCUCAGCCAUCAGCUUCUACUCCAAACUCAAUGCAGAGUACACCCCAUGCUCAGCCCAAUCUUAUGGGUGUCCAAAGCAGCAUGGCAGGUCCCCCUCCUGGAACAACCACUGGACCUAAUAUGGGACCUCAACAGGCAGGCCUACAGACCCAGAUGAUGGGCCUCCAGCAUCAGGCCCAGCCCGUGUCCUCCUCCCCCAGCCAGAUGGUUCAAGGCCAGGGUGGUGGUCAAACUGUCCUCUCAAGGCCCCUCAAUCAAGGGCAAAGAGGAGGGAUGACCCCACCCAAGCAGAUGAUGCCUCAACAAGGCCAGGGGGUGAUGCAUGGGCAGGGUCAGAUGGUUGGAGGUCAAGGGCACCAGGCCAUGCUCCUACAACAGCAGCAGCAGCAACAACAGCAGCAACAAAACUCCAUGAUGGAACAAAUGGUUGCCAAUCAGAUGCAAGGCAACAAGCAGGCAUUUGGAAGCAAGAUCCCAGCUGGGGUUAUGCCAGGCCAGAUGAUGCGUGGCCCUUCUCCAAAUGUUCCAGGUAACAUGGCUCAGUUCCAGGCCCAGGUGGUCCCACAGCAGCAAAUGUCUUCACAGCAGCAGCAGCAAAUGGCUCAACUCCAACAACAGCAGUUACAGCAGCAGCAACACCAGUUGCAGCAGCAGCAGCUACAACAGCAGCAGCAGCAGCACCACCAGAUGAAUCAACAGCAGGUUUCAAUGGCUGGCAAUCCUGCUCAACCUAUGGGCAUGCACGGACAACCAAUGAGGCUUCCUGCUGGUCAUCCUCUUAUUCAACAACAAUUGCAGCAGCAACAAUUACAGCAAAAGCAGCAGCAACAGGCUAUGUUGCAACAACAGCAGCAGCAGCAACAACAAGCAGCUCAUCAACACUCACAUACUCUGGGGGACCCAAGUGGUGGGACAGGAGACUUGGGAAUGCAACAGAUGGUUCCAGAUAUGCAGGCACAGCAGCAGCAAGGCAUGAUGGGGGGUCCUCAGCACUUGCAAAUGGGAAAUGGUCACUUUGCUAGUCAUGGUAUGAACUUUAAUUCCCAAUUUCCAGGACAGAUGCCAAUUGGUGGGCCCUGUGGACAACCUGGUGGCUUUCCUGUUAGCAAGGAUGUAACAUUGACGAGCCCACUACUGGUGAACCUGCUGCAAAGUGACAUCUCAGCUAGUCAAUUUGGGCCAGGAGGAAAACAGGGGGCAGGAACAGGCAGUCAGGCUAAACCCAAAAAGAAGAAACCAGUGCGGAAGAAGAAGACAAAAGAGGGGGAGGGGCAACAACAAGGAGAGGGAGUUGGGGGUCUAGAUAUGCCUGCUGGAAUGGAGGAUUCUGACCUGCCAAACCUGGGUGGUGAACAAAGUAUAGGUUUAGAUAACCCGGGCCCCAAGCUCCCUGAUUUUGCCAACAGGCCUGCAGGUUUUCCUAACCAGCCUGGAGAUCAGAGAGUAUUGCAGCAGGUACCCAUGCAGUUCCUACAGCAGCAGCAACAGCAACAACAACAACAAAUACAGCACAUGCAACAACAGCAUAUACAGCAACAGCAAAUGCAACAACAAAUGCAACAGCACCACCUGCAGCAGCAGCAGCAGCUUCAGCAACAGAUGCAGAUGCAAGGCCUCCAGAAUACACAAGGGCAGCAGGGUAUGACUGGGACACAGAAUCCAGCUCAAGGUCAACCCCAGAUGCACCCACAUCAACUACAGCAGCAGCAACAACAACCGCAACAGCAAGCUCAACAGCCACACCUUCCACAGCAGCAGCACCAGCAGCAAAUGAUGAUGAUGCUGAAGCUGCAGCAAGAGCAGGCUAAGAAUCGCAUGUCCAUUCCUCCAGGAGGGCAGCUUCCCCCACGAGGCAUGGGAAACCCACCUGAGGUGCAAAGGCUUCCUGUCUCGCAGCAAGGCAACAUGCCUGUCAUGAUCAGCCUUCAGGGACAUGGAGGUGUGCCACCUUCACCUGAUAAAGCUAGAGCGAUGCCCCUGAUGGUGAACCCACAGCUUGCAGGUACAGCAAGAAGAAUGUCCCACCCUGAUGUAGGACAGAGUUCCCAGUUAACAGGAUCGGAAGAUACCCCCGGAACAACCCACCCAAAACAAGACAGGCCAGAAAUAGGGGUACAACCUGGUAAUGGGAAUCAACAAAUGAUGACGAAUCAGGGCUCCAAUACUCACUUAAUGAAGCAGGGCUCUGGUCCCUCACCCAUGCCUCAGCACACUGGUGCAAGUCCGCAACAACAGCUGCCCACUCAACCCCAGCAGGGAGGUCCAAUGGCUCCCCAUCAUUUCCCCAGUGUCCCCACAACCUCUCAGAGCUCCAGGCCCAAAACUCCCAACAGAGCUAGCCCCAGGCCAUACCAUCAUCCCAUCACUUCAAGUAAUCGUCCACCAAGUACUGAGCCCUCUGAAAUAAAUCUGUCACCUGAGAGAUUAAAUGCUUCUAUUGCUGGAUUGUUUCCUCCAAAAAUUAACAUUCCCCUACCGCCCAGGCAACCAAAUCUGAACAGAGGUUUUGACCAGCAAGGUCUCAACCCAACAACCCUGAAAGCCAUUGGGCAGGCCCCACCUAGCCUAUCUCUACCAGGCAAUAACAACAAUGGCAGUGCAGGUGGAAAUAACACUAAUAGUCAACAGCCUUUGGCUACUGGCAGUGGGGGAGCAGGUAUGGGGGCUAAACAGGAGAAGCAGUCUGGAGGCCAGGGUAAAAGGGCAAGUCCUAGCAACAGUCGGCGGUCGAGUCCAGCCACUAGCCGCAAGCCAGCCACUCCAAGUCCAGGAAGACAAAAAGGCACAAAGAUGGCUCUGACAUGUCCUCCGCACCAGCAGCAAUUGCUCAGCCCUCAGGGGCAAAGCAUGAUGCUGAGUCCAUCUUCAGUGCCACAAAGUCCAGUAUCUAUGCCUUCACAAUCAGGUGGCGGCACAGAGGCUCAGCAGACUCAGAGCACCUUCUAUAGGAUUCAAAGUAGUGCUGCUGAGGUAGUCGGAGAAAAUCAGGUAGUGACUGCAGCAGAGCAACGUCAGAUGGUUCAGCCUCAUUCACAGGCCCAGCCGAUGAGGGAGUCAUCAGCAUCCAGAAUGGGUAGUCCUCGUGUCUCCAUGCCUCAGGAGUCUAAAUCUGUCUUUGAACUGCCAGUUGUAGGUGUAGAUAGGCAGCCAACACACACAACACCUCUGCAUGAUGCUGAGGCCUUAUCUGCUCUUAGGGAAGCACCAACUUCCCUAAAUCAGUUGCUGGAUAAUGCAAGUAUCCUAAAUGGGUCUCUUCGGCCCAUACAAGGUAAUACUGGAAGGGAUGUAAUGGGAAAGGAAAGCCCCAAGACUGUUUUGGAUCCAGAGAAACCACUCCACAGUCAUUCCAAAAACUCAGACAUUAUUGCUCCUGUUGUUUCUACUGCUACUAUGAAUGAAUCAGAAGCUAAACCCAAACCUGUUGUAUCAAUGUCUACUAGUAGUUCUAAUUUACAGUUUGCUGCAAUUCCUAAUUUACACUCUAGUACGAAUACUAACUCAAAUACAACCCCAAGCCUUAAUGUGGACCCCAUCUCUAGUCUUAUUAACAACCCUACUCUCAAUACAAACCCAACAACUAGCAUUUGUCCAACUCCAAAUACUAACACUACUAGCUAUAUGAGUGUAAGUCUCAAUCCAGUCACAUCCAUACAGAAUACUGCUUCAACUGUCAGUGCUAGUUCUAGCACCAGCUCUGCAGUGAGUUGUAAACAAAUUUCUAGUUCUAAACCUGUGACCAGUGUUCACUCAGUCAUACAGAUCCCUGCCUCAUCCAGCACUAUAUCUCCCAACCAGAUCACUGUGUUUGUUGCUUCUAACCCCAUCACCUCUACAACAACUCCCCAGGUACCCACAUCAAUGGUCUCUACUAUGGUAGCUGUUCCCAACAAAAACAUUAGGCCUCAGGAUGUACGGCAGCACUCAUCCAUCCCCCGUCCCCCCCAGUUCAUCACAACCACCCCUGUAUUUAUCAACCCAAUUUUCCAGGUCCCUAGUGCAUCUGUGGCUCCCAAUACCACAGUAGUGCCACAGUCUGUCACAAUGGUGGGGCCUAUCCAGGUGUCGGCUACAAACAUUCAGCUUUCCUCUGCUCUUGGUUCAUCAUCAGCAGCUAACAUGGCCAGUCCUCAUUCUGUCCGAGCCAGUACCGCACAGAUUCAGAUUGCCACUAGUAUGGCCUCGUCAACUGCAAGUGGCACUCUCCCAGCUCCUCUCCAGAUUAACUCAGGGACUCUCAAAACAGAAAAACUACCCGAGACUGGUUUAGCUCAGAAAUCUAGCCCUCCAGUCAGGCAGCAGUCCCCACAUCCAAGCCCAUGUCCACCAUCUCCAUUUCAGCCGCCCUUGGCUUCUCCUCCUCCCUGCUCCAGUCCUGCAGCUGUAAGCAACAUACGCAGGAGUCCUAUUUUUCCAUCAUCAAAUGCCCAAGUGAAAAGCAAACCUGUGCAGAACACUGGGACUGUUUCUGGUUCAUCUGAGUCUCAGCAAAGUCCUGGGGACAGAUCUGCUCAGGGUCCUACUGGAGUCAUACCACUGCAGGUCUUUCAUCCUCCUGCAAGUCCUGCCAUUAAAAUUGAUGCGCCACAUAUUACAUCUGCUUCCCCAAAGACUACCACUCCUCCUCCAACCUCCUCUCCCGUUGUAGUUUCUGCCCAUGCUGGGGUCACUACUCAGAUUGAUACCCCGGCUGCAUUGCCUGCACCAGCUUCAGUCUCGAGCCCUGUCCCACCUGCAGCUUGUCAAGCUCCUAUUGCCACUGUUGUUGCUGCUACCCCUGUUGUCUCAUCUUCUGCCUUGCUGUCUACUGCCUCCACUGUACACAGUCCACCAACAUCCCAUGCUCCAAAGAUUACAGUACCUGGAUAUGUUCAGGAGGUUUUCACAGCCUUCACAGCCACUAUUCAAAGCGGAACUAAGCAUGCCCAAUCUGAUCCCCCAGCGACAGAGCCUCCCAAACUGCCAGCGGUAGCACCUGCUGAUACAUCUCAGGUGAACCAAGCACCCAUUCAACAGCAAGUUCCACAAUUCCAAGAGUCUGUUGCCAGUGAGAAGACGAGUGAGGAGGCCUCAGGAGGUCCCGAACAAGGAUGGGCAAAGAAAAGAAAGACGCCCAUCAACUUAGUCCCAAGAUCUGCUGUGGAGAAGCCCAAGGGGCCAAGCAGACGCAGCUCCCGGGCAGAGAAGGAGGCGGAGGAGGAACCAGCAGCGGACAGCAGCAUUAGGAAGAGAUCAGUCAGGCCUGGUAGCAGUACUGCUGUAAAAGAAACUGGAGCGAGCCCCACCCAGGCCAAACGAAGGAAAUCAAAAUAGGCACAUUGUGGUGUCCUGUGAACUGUACUGUAAAUGUAAUUAUUUUAUUUAGUUUGACUUUGGAUCAGUCUUUUGUUUGUUUCUCUCUCCCUCCCUCCCUCCUCUGCCCCAAUUUAUGAGUUGACAUCGAAAGAUACAGCCAUGUACAAAGUGUUUUAAAAUGAUUAUGGUAUUGGUUUUUUUCCCUGUUACUUUUUGGGAUGAUAGUUAUAAUGUGUGCACACAUUUGUGUGAAUGUGAUUUCCCCCCCCAAUGAAUUACAUGCUGGUUUAAUCGUAUAAAGAUUGCUGAUGGAACUUGCCAUGAUUGUCUAAUUAUAAUGUAAAACUCAAUUAAAUUUUCUACUUUUGUUCAGUGAAAUGAUGUAAUAUGCAGUGAAUUAUUAGUAUGUUGCCCCAGGGUAAAAUAUAUAUUUGUGCCCUUUUGCAGACCAGCUCAAUGGAUAAGGAGCAAUUCCCCAUAAUGUUAUGUCUACGUCUCUGGACACAACACUUAAAGCCUGAUUUACGAAAGGUUUGCUUAUAUAAAAAUGUGCAAACUCU